UGGCGGAGGAGGAGGCGGUGGUGGAGGGGGGAAGCGGAGGCAGUGAACGAAGAAGCAUCAGCUGUAACGAUAACUGUCAUCUCCUCCCCCCCGGCGGCCUGUGAUCCCCGGGAGGAAGGGGGUGGGGGAGACCCCGGGCCGGGGCGAUGGCGGCUCACAAGCCGGUGGAGUGGGUGCAAGCCGUAGUGAACCGCUUCGAUGAGCAGCUUCCAGUCAAAGCCACGCAACAGAAUACCCACACCAAAGUCAGCAUGGAGCACAACAAAGAGUGUCUCAUAAACAUUUCAAAAUACAAGUUUUCCCUCGUCAUAAGCGGACUUACAAAUAUCUUAAAAAAUGUAAACAACAUGAGAAUUUUUGGAGACGUUGCUGAAAAAAACUUGUAUUUGUCUCAACUGAUCAUACUCGACACACUGGAAAAGUGUCUUGCAGGGCAACCAAAGGACUGUAUGCGUCUGGAUGAAACAAUGCUGGUUAAACAGUUGUUGCCAGAGAUAUGCCAUUUUAUUCAUACUCACAGAGAAGGCAACCAGCAUGCGGCUGAGCUUCGAAUGUCAGCCUCGGGGGUCCUGUUCUCGCUAAGCUGCAAUAACUUCAACGCUGUAUUCAGUCGGAUUUCUACCAGGUUACAGGAAUUGACGGUGUGUUCGGAAGAUAAUGCUGACGUUCACGAUAUAGAUUUGAUCCAGUACAUCAACGUGGACUGUUCAAAACUCAAACGACUUCUACAGGAGACCGUCCUGAAAUUUAAAGCUCUGAAGAAAGUUGCGCAGUUGGCAGUGAUCAACAGCCUUGAAAAGGCGUUUUGGAAUUGGGUUGAGAACUAUCCAGAUGAAUUUACAAAGUUGUACCAGAGACCACAGACAGAUAUGGCGGAUUGCGCUGAAAAGCUGUUUGAUUUGGUGGAUAGUUUUGCCGAGAGUAACAAACGGAAAGUAGCAGUGUGGCCUUUGCAGAUCAUUUUACUGGUUUUAUGUCCUGAAAUUAUCCAGGAUAUUUCCAAGGAAACCGUAGAAGAAAGCAAAAUGAACAAGAAACUGUUCCUUGAUAACCUCAAAAAAGCUUUAACUGGGCAUGGAGUAGGGAAACCACUCACUGAAAGUGCUGCGAUCGCUUGUGUUAAGUUGUGCAAAGCAUCUACAUACAUAAACUGGGAGGAUAAUUCGGUCAUAUUUCACCUCGUCCAGUCCUUUGUGAUCGACUUGAAGAAUUUACUUUUCAACCCAAGCAAGCCUUUCUCCAGAGGAGCAGGUAGCCAGAAUGCAGAUGUGGAUCUUAUGAUUGACUGUUUGGUUUCUUGCUUCCGAAUCAAUCCUCACAACAACCAGCACUUCAAAAUCUGCUUGGCACAGUCUUCACCUUCAACAUUUCAUUAUGUGCUGGUCAACUCUCUGCAUAGGAUAAUUACAAAUUCUGCAUUGGAUUGGUGGCCUAAGAUCGAUGCUGUGUAUUGCUACUCAGGAGAACUCCGCAGCAUGUUCGCUGAGACACUCAAAAUGGUCUUACAGUUGCACCCAGCCAUCCGAACAACACCGAGUCUUACCUUUAAAGAGAAAAUGCCAUAUCUUAAGUUUAAGGAGAAACCUACUGACCUGGAAACAAGAAGCUACAAAUACUUGCUGCUGUCUAUGGUGAAGCUCAUUCAUGGAGAUCCAAAGCUGCUGUUGUAUAAUCCAGGAAAAGCAGGUCCAGAUACACAAAACAGUACUGCAGAAUUAAUAAACGGGUUGGUGCAGCUUGUACCUCAGUCAAAUAUGCCUGAGAUUGCACAAGAAGCCAUGGAGGCCUUGCUGGUACUUCACCAACCAGAGAACAUUGAGCUUUGGAAUCCUGAUGCACCGAUAGAAACAUUUUGGGAAAUCAGCUCACAGAUGAUUUUUUACAUUUGCAAAAAACUUACUGGUCAUCAGUUGCUGAGCAGCACUGAAAUUCUGAAGUGGCUGCGAGAAAUCCUGAUUUGCCGGAAUAAAUUCCUUCUCAAGUAUAAGGAAAGUGCUGCAGCUGGGAGUACAAUCCCAAUAUGUCGCCAAGCCCAUACAAAAUUAGAAGUGGCCCUUUACAUGUUCCUCUGGAGCCCCGAUAUUGAAGCAGUUCUUGUUGCAAUGUCUUGUUUCCGAAGUCUUUGUGAGGAGGCAGAUAUCCGGUGUGGAGUCGACGAAGUAUCGGUCCAUAAUUUUUUGCCAAAUUACAACACUUUCAUGGAGUUUGCAUCUGUUAGCAACAUGAUGUCAACUGGCAGGGCAGCUCUCCAGAAACGAGUGAUGGCUUUACUAAGAAGGAUAGAGCAUCCCACUGCUGGAAACACAGAGGCCUGGGAAGAUACUCAUGCAAAAUGGGAACAAGCAACAAAGCUCAUUCUUAAUUUCCCAAAGACUAAACUGGAGGAUGGCCAGGUUACAGAAAGUCUUCAUAAGACAAUCGUGAAGAGACGAAUGUCUCACGUAAGUGGAGGAGGUUCUAUAGACCUGUCUGACACAGACUCCCUGCAGGAGUGGAUUAACAUGACUGGGUUCCUGUCUGCUCUCGGUGGAGUCUGCCUCCAGCAUCGGGGUAAUGCUGGAUUGGUCACCUACAGCCCACCCAUGGGCCCUGUUAAUGAACGCAAGGGGUCUGUUAUAUCGAUGCUAUCAACAGAGGGGAACGCAGAGACUCCCGUCAGCAAAUUUCUCGAUCGCCUUCUCUCCUUAAUGGUGUGCAACAACGAAAAAGUUGGAAUUCAGAUUCGGACAAAUACAAAGGAUCUAGUGGGUUUAGAGUUGAGCCCUGCUCUUUAUCCAAUGUUGUUUAACAAAAUGAGGAACAACAUCAGCAAGUUUUUUGACUCCCAAGGGCAGGUCUUGCUCAAUGACACCAAUACCCAGUUUGUUGAACAGACAAUUACCAUCCUCAAGAAUUUGCUAGAUAAUCACACAGAAGGAAGCUCAGAGCAUUUGGGGCAAGCAAGCAUUGAGACCAUGAUGCUAAACCUAGUCCGGUAUGUCCGUGUGCUGGGGAACAUGGUACAUGCCAUCCAGAUAAAGACAAAGCUUUGUCAGCUGGUGGAAGUAAUGAUGGAAAGACGGGAUGACCUCUCCUUCUGUCAAGAGAUGAAAUUUAGGAACAAGAUGGUAGAAUAUUUGACUGACUGGGUAAUGGGCACAUCUAAUCAAGCGGCUGAUGAGGAUGUAAAAUGUCUGACAAGAGACCUAGAUCAGGCCAGCAUGGAAGCUGUGGUGUCUCUUCUUGCAGGCCUGCCCUUACAGCCUGAAGAAGGAGAUGGGGUGGAAUUAAUGGAAGCUAAAUCCCAGUUAUUUCUGAAAUAUUUCACCCUGUUUAUGAACUUGUUAAAUGACUGCAGUGAAGUUGAAGAUGAUGGGACACAGACUGGUGGCAGGAAGAGGGGGAUGUCUCGAAGACUGGCUUCUUUAAGGCAUUGUACUGUCCUAGCCAUGUCUAAUCUCCUAAAUGCCAAUGUGGACAGUGGCCUUAUGCACUCAAUAGGUUUAGGUUAUCAUAAGGAUUUACAGACAAGAGCGACAUUCAUGGAAGUCCUCACCAAAAUUCUGCAGCAGGGGACAGAGUUUGACACGUUAGCUGAGACUGUUCUUGCAGACCGCUUUGAACGCCUCGUGGAAUUGGUCACCAUGAUGGGGGAUCAAGGAGAGUUGCCAAUUGCCAUGGCUUUGGCAAAUGUAGUUCCUUGUUCACAGUGGGAUGAGCUUGCUCGUGUCCUUGUCACACUCUUUGAUUCCCGACAUCUACUUUAUCAGCUCCUGUGGAACAUGUUUUCAAAGGAAGUUGAGCUUGCAGACUCCAUGCAGACGCUCUUUAGAGGGAAUAGCUUGGCUAGUAAAAUUAUGACCUUUUGUUUUAAGGUAUAUGGUGCCACGUAUCUACAGAAACUCUUGGAACCCUUACUGAGAACAGUUAUAAAUGCCCCUGAGUGGCAGCACGUCAGUUUUGAGGUCGACUCCACAAGGUUGGAUGGGGUUGAAGUCCUUGAAGAAAAUCAGCGUUGGCUUCUACAGAUGACCGAGACAUUUUUCCUUGCCAUUAUAAACUCUGCUCAUGAAUUCCCCACACAGCUCCGCAGUGUAUGCCACUGCUUGUACCAGGCUACUUGCCACUCCCUACUGAGUAAAGCUACCGUUAAAGAAAAAAAGGAAAACAAAAAAUCAGUUGUGAGUCAGAGGUUCCCGCAGAAUAGCAUUGGGGCAGUAGGAAGCGCCAUGUUCCUCAGGUUUAUCAACCCUGCCAUUGUAUCUCCUUAUGAAGCAGGAAUUCUGGAUAAGAAACCCCCACCAAGGAUUGAACGCGGAUUGAAAUUAAUGUCAAAGAUACUUCAGAGUAUUGCCAAUCACGUCUUAUUCACUAAAGAAGAGCAUAUGCGACCUUUCAAUGAAUUUGUCAAAAGCAAUUUUGAUGCCGCACGGAGGUUUUUCUUUGAUAUAGCAAAUAACUGUCCCCCAAGUGACACAGUCAAUCACAGCCUCUCAUUUAUCACUGAUGGAAAUGUCCUUGCCUUACAUCGGUUGCUCUGGAACAACCAAGAGAAAAUCGGACAAUAUCUUUCCAGUAACAGGGACCACAAAGCAGUUGGGAGGCGACCUUUUGACAAAAUGGCAACUCUCCUUGCCUACCUGGGACCACCAGAACACAAACCUGUGGCUGACACGCAUUGGUCGAGUCUAAAUCUCACAAGCUCCAAGUUUGAGGAAUUCAUGACCAGGCACCAAGUACAUGAAAAAGAAGAAUUCAAAGCACUAAAGACUCUGAAUAUAUUUUACCAAGCAGGGACAUCAAAAGCUGGAAAUCCUGUUUUCUACUACAUUGCAAGGCGGUUCAAGACUGGUCAGAUCAACGGGGACUUGCUGAUCUACCAUGUGUUACUGACUCUAAAGCCAUACUAUGCCAAGCCAUAUGAGAUAGUGGUAGAUCUCACUCAUGCUGGGCCCAGCAAUCGCUUCAAGACAGACUUUCUUUCCAAAUGGUUUGUGGUUUUCCCUGGAUUUGCUUAUGAAAACGUCACAGCCGUUUACAUCUACAACUGCAACUCCUGGGUCAGGGAGUAUACUAAAUACCACGAGAGACUGCUAACAGGUUUGAAAGGCAGCAAGAGACUCAUUUUCAUUGACCCGUCAGGAAAGUUAGCCGAGCACAUAGAACAUGAUCAGCAGAAACUCCCAGCUGCCACUCUGGCUUUGGAAGAAGACUUGAAAUUGUUCCACAAUGCCCUAAAACUGGCCCACAAAGAUACCAAGGUUUCUAUAAAAGUGGGCUCUACUGCUGUACAAGUGACAUCUGCAGAGAGAACACGGGUUCUGGGACAAUCGGUGUUUUUGAAUGACAUUUACUACGCUUCUGAGAUUGAAGAAAUUUGUCUGGUGGAUGAAAACCAGUUUACAUUAACCAUAGCUAACCAAGGAACCCCACUCACUUUCAUGCAUCAGGAGUGUGAAGCCAUUGUCCAGUCAAUUAUUCACAUACGGACUAGAUGGGAACUGUCACAGCCAGAUUCCAUUCCGCAACACACUAAAAUCCGUCCAAAGGAUGUACCUGGAACACUACUUAACAUUGCAUUGCUCAACCUGGGAAGUUCAGACCCAAGUCUACGGUCUGCUGCCUAUAACCUUCUGUGUGCCUUAACAUGUACCUUUAAUUUAAAGAUUGAAGGGCAGUUACUGGAGACUUCGGGUCUUUGUAUCCCGGCCAACAAUACACUUUUCAUAGUCUCCAUUAGUAAGACUCUGGCAGCUAAUGAACCGCACCUUACUCUUGAGUUUUUGGAAGAAUGCAUUUCUGGCUUCAGCAAAUCCAGUAUUGAAUUGAAGCAUCUGUGCCUGGAAUACAUGACGCCUUGGCUGUUGAAUCUUGUCCGGUUCUGUAAACUCACAGAUGAUGCGAAACGGCAGCGUGUUAGUGCUAUUCUGGACAAACUGAUAACCAUGACCAUAAAUGAGAAGCAGAUGUAUCCUUCCAUACAAGCUAAAAUAUGGGGUAGUCUGGGACAGAUCACAGAUCUUCUGGAUGUGGUUCUGGACAGUUUCAUUAAAACCAGUGCCACUGGUGGAUUGGGAUCCAUAAAGGCAGAGGUUAUGGCAGACACAGCCGUUGCUCUGGCAUCAGGCAACGUCAAACUGGUUUCAAGCAAGGUGAUUGGUCGAAUGUGUAAGAUUAUAGACAAGACCUGCCUCUCCCCUACUCCUACCUUGGAGCAGCAUCUUAUGUGGGAUGAUAUUGCCAUCCUUGCGCGUUACAUGCUGAUGCUGUCCUUCAACAACUCCUUGGAUGUGGCGGCCCACCUUCCCUACCUCUUCCAUGUUGUCACUUUAUUAGUAGCGACAGGGCCUCUGUCUCUCAGAGCUUCCACCCAUGGACUGGUCAUCAAUAUCAUUCACUCCUUGUGCACUUGCUCACAGCUGAAUUUCAGUGAAGAGACCAAGCAAGUGUUGCGUCUCAGUCUAACAGAGUUUUCACUGCCUAAGUUUUACCUGCUCUUUGGAAUCAGCAAGGUGAAGUCUGCAGCCGUCAUAGCCUUCCGAUCCAGUUACAGAGACCGCUCUUUCUCACCUGGUUCCUAUGAAAGAGAAACGUUUGCUCUGACCUCUUUGGAAACUGUUACCGAAGCCCUUUUAGAGAUUAUGGAGGCUUGCAUGAGGGAUAUCCCAAUUUGCAAAUGGCUGGACCAGUGGACCGAACUAGCUCAAAAGUUUGCAUUCCAGUACAACCCGUCACUUCAGCCAAGGGCACUUGUCGUGUUUGGCUGUAUCAGCAAGCGUGUUUCCCAUGGGCAGAUAAAACAGAUUAUCCGAAUUCUUAGUAAGGGCCUGGAGAGCUGGUUAAAAGGUCCAGAUAAUUACAACAGCCAAGUGUUAAUAGAGGCCACUGUGAUAGCACUAACCAAACUGCAGCCGCUUCUGAAUAAGGAAUCUCCUAUGCACAAAGCUCUCUUUUGGGUGGCUAUGGCGGUAUUACAGCUGGAUGAAGUUAAUUUGUAUUCAGCGGGUACUGCCCUUCUCGAACAAAAUCUUCACACACUUGAUAGCCUUCGAGUGUUCAAUGACAAGAGCCCAGAAGAAGUGUUCAUGGAAAUCCGGAAUCCUCUGGAGGAAUGGCACUGUAAACAAAUGGACCACUUCGUAGGGCUCAAUUUUAACUCUAACUUUAACUUUGCACUAGUUGGGCACUUACUAAAAGGUUUUCGACACCCAUCUCCUACGACAGUUGCAAGAACAGUGCGCAUCCUUCACACAUUGUUAGCACUAGUAAACAAGCAUAGAAAUUGUGAUAAGUUUGAAGUAAAUACCGAGAGUGUUGCUUAUUUGGCAGCUUUGCUCACGGUGUCCGAAGAGGUGAGGAGUCGCUGCAGCCUCAAACAUAGGAAAUCACUCCUGCUGUCAGAUGUUUCAAUGGAAAAUGUUCCUAUGGACACUUACCCGAUGCACCACAGCGACCCCACCUGCAGGACAUUGAGGGAGAACCAACCGUGGUCAUCUCCCAAAGUUUCUGGAAUGCACCUUGCUGCAAGCUACCCAACUGUGGGGCAAGUCAGCCCACGGACCAGGAAGUCCAUGAGUCUGGACAUGGGGCAACCGUCACAAGCAAACACUAAAAAGCUUUUAGGUACAAGGAAAAGCUUUGACCAUUUAAUAUCUGACACUAAGGCUCCCAAAAGACAAGAGAUGGAAACUGGCAUCACUACACCUCCCAAGAUGAGAAGAGUUGCAGAGAAUGACUAUGAUGAUACUCCAAGAAUAUCAUCACCACAGCAGCAUCCACAUCUGAGAAAAGUAUCUGUGUCAGAGUCAAAUGUACUUUUGGAUGAAGAGGUCUUAACUGAUACCAAAACCCAAGCUCUGCUGCUCACUGUUCUUGCUACGCUGGUAAAGUAUACCACAGAUGAGUUUGAUCAGCGGAUCCUGUACGAGUAUUUAGCAGAAGCCAGUGUGGUCUUUCCCAAAGUAUUUCCCGUGGUACACAAUUUAUUGGACUCCAAAAUCAACACCUUGUUAUCGCUGUGUCAGGACCCAAAUUUGUUAAAUCCAAUUCAUGGGAUUGUGCAAAGUGUGGUCUAUCAUGAAGAGUCUCCUCCUCAGUACCAGCCUUCCUACCUACAGAGUUUUGGUUUUAAUGGUUUGUGGAGGUUCGCUGGACCAUUCUCCAAGCAAACGCAAAUCCCUGAUUACGCGGAGCUGAUAGUAAAGUUUCUGGAUGCCUUGAUUGACAAAUACUUGCCUGUGAUUGACGAAGAAGCCAGUGAGGAAUCUCUGCUGACGCCUACAUCUCCGUACCCUCCCGCUGUUCAGAGCCAACUGAGUAUUACUGCUAACCUUAACCUGUCCAACUCAAUGACCUCCCUCGCCACUUCCCAGCAUUCCCCAGCUUCUCUGCCAUGCUCUAAGUCAGCCGUUUUCAUGCAGCCUGUCCCUCGUCCAGGGAUUGAUAAGGAAAAUGUGGAACUCUCUCCCACCACUGGACACUCAAACAGCGUUCCUUUUCUAAAACUGACUUAACCUAAGCUGGUGGCUCUCCAGGAGCCCCACGCACAUUAUGAUGCUGCACUUAAUUUUUUUAACGUUCCCAUGCAGUCAGCCAUGUUGCCAGAAGAUCAACGCUUUGAAAGCAUUGCUUGAACUCAACACCAUUUGGUUCCUUUACCUUUUUUCCUUCCUUCCUCCCUCCCUCCCGCUUUAUGGUCAUCCUGUAUGAAGGAUCUGUGGUCACAAGCAUUUUGUCAGUGAAUUUCCAAAUGAACGGUUUUGAUAAAGGUGGCCCUGCCUUUACUGCAUUAUCUGAACAUAAGUGACAUUUACAUGAAAAAAAAACUCCUUUUGCCUUUGUUUUACAUUUUGUUUUUGUUUUUUUAAUAUAUAUAUAUUUACUGUUUUUGGGGGGGAGUUUGUGUUAUUUUUUGUUACUGUUUUGCAUUUAACAUGUUAAUGCUAAUUCUUUCUAGUGGCUUUAGUGAAAGGGGAUCAAUCUAUCCAUCAUCAAGAAAAAUCCCCUUAAACUUUUAGCUGUGGAUUUUUUUUACUUAUUUGCUUAAAGGCCCAUUUUCAGAAUAAAGGUCUUGUCUUCGCAACGGUACAUGAAUAAGCACACACGGAUGCUUUUUGUCACAGAGGGGGCCACAAUGCCAAUUAGAUUUCUGGGUUACUUGAAAUAAAUUGAAAUUUCUAGGGAAUAAAUUCUAAAGGCUACAAAACAUCAACAGUUUCUUUUAAACCUGUCCAACCUUUGGAACAUUUCUUCCAUCUUAAAUAUACUUUUCUCAUGAGAUGCUAUCAAAAGAAAAAAACCCUGUGCGCCUUUGACUGCUAAAAAAAAA